AGGAAGUCAAGGACUUUUAAGUAGCAUCCUCAAUACAUGAUAAAGUAUCCAGUGAGAUAUUUUGUUGGUCUUGCCGCUCUCUCUGGCCUCCUUUGAAUGGGAGAACGUUUUAUGACAAGAGAAGGACCUGUGGGUGAUUGGAAGAUGGCUGGUGGCAGGAUGCUUGGUUGGAUUGAGAAAGUGGUGCCACAGCCUCCUGUAAACUCUUCUGUGCCAGUGGUCGUGGAGAAAGAUGCCAAGCCUGAAUCAAAAGCAAAAGAAACCAAGUCUGGACAUGCUCAGCAGCCAUUGGAAGGACAUUCUAGCCAUCCGGCAGCAGGUUCAGAAAAAAAAGAAGUCGUAGCUCCUGCUCCAGCAUUGCCAACAGAAAGAUCUGGACAAAAGGUUCUCACCUGGCUGUCUCAGGGCCUGGGGAAAGCCAUGCCACAGCCAUUACAGCCUGCCACCAUGCUCCAGGCAGAAGUGAAGACCUCGGAUGCCUGUAGCCAGACAGAUGCCCCGAAUGUGGAGUAUGAAGACAGACAGGCUCCUUCAGUUCCAGAGACAAGUGACCCCAGUGGUGGGGAGGGAGAACUCCAGACCAGCUCAGAUAACGGUGCCCCAGAAAAAACUGGUGCAAAAAAAGUGUUCACUCGGUUCAUGGAAGGGUUUGAAAAAAUCGUACCUCAGCCGGAAAAUGUGAAAAAGACUGUGGAAGCAACCCCAGAGGAUCGUACAGCAGAUCAGGGCAACAUGAAAGGGAGCAGUAAAGAGAUGCCCCAGAAGGAAAUUUCCCCAACAAAGCCUCUGGCCCAGCACCGGGCUUCUACCGACAGCCAGUCUAGAAUGAGUGUCUCGCUAUUUCCUCAAACACUUGGUGGAAACGGAGGCAGCAGCAUAUUCAAGCGGUUUAUGCACGGACUGGAAAAAGCGAUUCCACAGCCUGCGAGCAAAGAAAAGCAAGAUGAACAGUCUUCAGAAGCUGGUGGCCUGGGUCCGGGGCAAGAAAGAAGCAAAGGGGCUUAAGUGCGUCUGAACCAAAUGAAGACUCCAGAGAUUCUCCUUGUACAAAGCAAAUGAACCCUCCCUGGACUGAAAGGCACAUGUUGAAAUAGAAAGAAAAGACUUGGCACGCUUCCCCCUUUUCACUCCUUACUGAAAUAAAUCCUGGCUUAAUGUGCAAUCCACACCUGUGGUGGAGACCAUUUUAUUGAGCAGUUGUGUAUCAAAUGAGUGACUUCUGUGGCAAAUAGGAAGGUGAAAAUGAGAUUGUUUAACGGAUAAACAAGCACUGGGCUUCUCCAUAUCUGCCACACCAAAUAUCCUGGGAGAGACUAUGGCUCAGUGGCAUAGAGUAUACAGUUUGGAUGAAGUGUUCAGGUUCGACUUCCGGCAUCUCCAGCUAAAGCAGUGGUUCUCAACCUGGGGAUCGUGACUCCUUUGGGGGUCGAAUGACCCUUUCACAGGGGUCAGCUAAGACUCUCUGCAUCAGUGUUCUCCAUCUGUAAAAUGGAUAAAUGUUAGGGUUUGGGGUCACCACAACAUGAGGAACUGUAUUAAAGGGUCGCGGCAUUAGGAAGGUUGAGAACCACUGAGUUAAAGGAUCGUAAGUAUUUGGACAGACUUCUUUCUAGCAGAGACUGCCUGUCGAAGUAGAUGGUGCCCAACUUCAUGGGCCAGUAGUCUGACAUAAUGUAAAGCAACUAAAUAUGUUCAUUUGUCAUCCAAAGGAUCUUUCCAAGACUGCAUUUGCAGGGAUGUUUCACUGCUCCUUGACUUCCAAACUGGAGUAUGCAGGCUGUGGAGUAUGCAGGCUGUGCUCCCACACUUUGCUUCAAUAUUUCAUAAACUUGAUAUAUUCUAAUCUUUUUGGAAAGGUUACAGCCCAAGUGAGUUAGGUCAUUUAUGCGCCUAAAUUCUCUCUGAGUCAGAUUCUUGGUUGCACUUGUUUUUUUCACUCCCAGACUCACUGCACUGCAGAUCAGAGAAUCCACACAGUUUCAGAAAACAGGACUAGUGUGAUUUUUCUCCUGCCUUUUCAGGGAAAGCAAAGAAGAUGACCCUGCAUUACUUUCUUCUUGGGUUUUCUCAUUCUUUCCCCCUACCCCAGUUUUGCCAUUUCAGACCUAUCAGAAGGGCUUUUAAUUUUUUUUGUUUUAAGUCUAAAUGUCUAUCAAUGGAGCAAUGGGCCCUGCCAGUGAAGUAAUGCUGGAAAGAAGUCACCCCCCCCGAAAAACACUUUACAACAGCCUUGUUGUGUAGUCCAAUAUUAUGUAUUCAGCAAGCAACACCUCAGACAUUGUAGGCAGCCUUCUUUGUGAUGUGAUGGAAUUGUUCCAGAGGGCUGUAUUUAUAAAAGGAAUGUAGUGUCAAUGUCUGAAAAUCAUUUUCCUUUUUAUUAAAUGUAUUAUGCUAGUUUUAUUUUUAUGGUUCUCCAAGUUGUAUUCCAGUUUAGUACUGUUUGUUGUAUUAAAAUACUGGUCUUUGUUC